AUGAAAUCAAGUAAUGCUGGUCAAGUAAGGAAGAGCCUAUCAAUUAAGCCUCAUAGCAGCGGCUACUUUGUCUCUCUGACUGUUGUAAACUCCGUGUCAAAUACCAAAGAUAAUUUCAGUGUUCCUGUUACAACUGUUGGGUUUUCUGUGAUGAAGACAGCUUGCAGUUUUGCAUUGCCACACAUUAUGGGCUGGGAUCGUCUAACUAAUCAGAAACCAAGUGAGACAGUAAGUUUUCAACCAAAUCGGCAGUUGGGUGGGACAGUUGGCUUUCAACCGAAGAUGAGCCCACAGAUUUUAGACUUGGAAUGGGAAGAGUGA